CGAUACCCAUAUCCAUCCCACUGCAAACGAGAACACCACAGUCUGGAGUCGGAAUCCACUCAUCCAACCCUUGUAGACUCGAUGUCGGAUGCAGAAUCUCCAGCACUGACGCUGGCCCACCAUCAACAUGUCCGGAUUCAAAGCGCUGAAUAUUGAAUCCGACGAUGAGUCUGAUAUCGAGAUCGAUGAUACCAAGGAGCUGCAAAUCGAAGAAGCGCUCAAGCUCUAUCAGAAUGCUCUGAAGCUCCACUCAGAAGGCCCUGCCUCGUUCGAACUAGCAGCAAAAGCAUACGAGGAGCUCUUCAAGUCCGACAUCUUCCAGUACCCCGAAUCGCAGACCGAGCUCAGGCGUGUGGAACUCUAUGGCCCGUCUGCUGAGACCGAAGAUCUGUGGCAGGACUGGGUUGGCGACCUUGCCGUGCUCCCUGCCCCUGGACUGGAGACUGGCCCAAGCACGCUUCCUCAAAUCCUUCAUCUGAGCCACAAGAACUAUGCGCACUUCAAACUGGAAUACCUUACCGCACGGCUGGACGGAGUGAAUGUCUCGCUCAACCAGAUCUUGGCCGAUGCCACUGCGGCACUUGAGCACUUUGUGAACGCCCUAGACAAAGAUGACUCCGAUCUCGAUUUGUGGCGACGAACAGCAGGGGUUGGAUCCCUCCUCGACAGCCGGCGACUAGCCAGAUUCUGCCUUGAAGCAGUGUUGGAUGGCGAUGACGAUGGUCUGAAUAGCGCGCUGUCAUUGCCUGGGCUAGACGAAGGUUUGGCCGGGGAGCAGCUUCGCGAUCUUGUCCGGCAGCUGGAAGAUCGGCUUUCAUUGUUGCAAAUGCCACUAUCGGUGGGCAAACGGCGUGUCCUGUCGAGCAUGCUAAAGCGACGCCUCAACACGUACCAGGCCAUCACCGACCGCGAAAUCACGCUCAGGAGUGUGCUUGACUCAGACGCAUUGGCACCAGCUGGGAGAGCGGUGCUCCAAGUGCCCAAGACGUGGGCGGAAGUGGGGGAGAUCUUACUUCGGCAGCUAAUGGCGGAGCAACACGGCACUAGUGUGAAGACUCCUGGUCUCGCAGUCUCAUUCGACCUCGACACUGCAUCACCACGGAGGCCGUCACUCGCGAUCGAGCCUGCACGUCUGGUGGAUUCCAACGAAGAAAGUGUCCAUUCGGCGAGCGAUCUACCCAGUUCGAUUCAAGAAGUCUUCCCGGGAUUGGACCAGGGUCUUCCUACAGUCCAGCCUCGCAUUGCAUGCGCAGACGUGACCAUGGAGGCACUUGUAUUGGGCGCAAAGGACGAUGAUGUUCCCAUGCGAACGCGCCGGUCCUCGAGCAUCAACAUGCCCACACGAAAGCGGUCUGGAGACGUAGCUGGACUUAAUGAUGGACCGGAAGAAGGGCGGACAAAGAGCAAACGUACUCGCACGCGUGAUUCGACUAUGAACGAGGACAGCAGACAAGCCAUCAUCGAUGCCAACACUCGUUGGGAGCUGGAGCAAAAGCUUGCGGAGCUACAAGCGGCAGAUGACUGGAUGUUUGAGACCGUCGGGAAUCUGUUCGAAAGGAUUGGCGUGGUGGGAUUCGAGGCCGGAAAGAAUGUCCGACAAGAGUUGCAAAGCUCGUCAACAGAAGCACUGCAGACCGUCAACGGGAGUGAAGCGUUGAAAGAAGGGCUACAGCUUGCCAAGGCGGAUAUUCACGCUCUCUUGAACAACUACUCCGAUCAGCUCGGGUCCGUUCUCACCAGUGGCGGUGAAAACUGCGAUGCCACCCCUGGACUGGAUUCGGCGGGAUCUACGCAAGCAUCUCCGCAUGCCAAUGGGUCAAAGAUGCUUACCAGACCCAGUCUGCCCCAAGAUGAAGGAUUACUGGAAUUUCUGGGCGAGACCAACGACCAAUGGCUCAUGGCUCAAGAAGUCGCAUGGCGUUGGAUCUGCAGAUUGCUACGCGCGGAUUUGACCCUAGAUCACAGCAGAUAUCGUGAGUACGUAUGGCCGGAGAAGCUGAAGACCAUGAUUGUUCGAACUCUGGUCAACUUUGACGAGGACUUCAGACAUCUGGCUAGGGAGGAGGUGGACCAGUGGAAGGAAAGCCCAGAGCGCAUCCGAUCAGAUGUUGGCCCACCUGAGCUCUUCCAAACCAUCUACGAACUGCACCUCGACAUCUACUGGCUAAUCAAGCAACCCAACAGCGGGGUAGAUGCAGAUACAGUGGCAGUGCAACGCGAUCGGCUUCAACAUUGGUCCGAGUUCGCCCGUGAGGUUCUCCGCCUCCGCUCACAACUUGGAGGAACAGACGACCUGAGCGAUGAACUAAAUCUCCGAUUCUUGUGGGCUACUACGUUCCAAGUUGGCGCCGAUCCCGAUGUGUCGCAAGACUAUGUCAUCGAGUGUAUGCAUGAUUUGAGGGCAAUCUUCGUGGCUGCGAAUGAGCCUUCGAUACAGUUGCAAAACAAUGCCAUCAUGCCUGAGCUGUCGACCGCAGCGCUGGAGAAGGAGAUAUCUCGGCUGACUACGAAAGACUUCUUCGACAAAGUCACCAACCAAGACGUUCAAGAUCCAGUUGCGAUCAUCGAGAAUUUGGAGCCACUCCUUGAGUCAUUAGCAGAGCCGCAGUCAUCUCCAGAGGAGGAUGCAAGAAAUGAUAUGCCCGGGGUCUCUACUGAACUGACACGCUUUCUUGAGAACAGCAGCGUUUCAGUCCGGAUUAUGCUUUGGCAGCGUUUGCGCAAUGCCUAUCUGGAGAUAGAGUACAAGCCGAUGGUGGUCUCUUGUCACUUCAAGAUGAUCAGGUUGCUGUUGAAGGACCUGAAGACUUCGUCCUCUUCCGAUGUGCAACAAUCGGAUCGACAAGUCACUGUGCUCAAGACACUUCGUCUGAUACACGAAAUGGCGAAGAAGACCUGCGCGAUCGUGCAGACCUCCAAGGACGCGAUUGAAUGUGUCGACGAACAUGGCCUUAAAGCUGCUAUCGGCAGCCUCGGCGAGAUCUCGCAGCUUCUUCAAGCCUUCAACAUCUUCGAGGACUCGAUUAGAAUUGGUCAGAGCCAACCGCCCAGCCAGCCGAAUGGGUCCACAGCCGCCUCGUACCAGACAGUGACCUCCUUGGUGCACGACAUGCAAGUUCACAUCUGGGUUAUUCUGUACUCACUGCUAAAGGACGCAGUCUUUCAGUUCCACGAAUUGUUUCCCGCACCCGCGGAGGACAAGUUCGAGUUCCUUAAGGUGGUGCAUCGAAACCUCGGCCUUCGCGGCAUCUGCGGCAGCUCGAAUCGAGUCUUUGUGCGUCUGGUCAAGGACGAGUUCUUCCAAAUGACUCACGUGGACGGAUACGACAGCGAACAAGCCCAAGUCUUGUAUGAUCUAUACGGCCUGAACUGCUUCUUGAAUCCCAAUUACGAGUUGAUGGAGCAUGGCUGCAUUCGGGACGCCUUUAUCGAUCGAAGCGUGGCGCUUCAGGCCGCUGACCUGCUGAUGUUGCAAGCCUCGAAGCUGCCCAUGAGGGAGCUGAUCAAGCAUCCCAUCAAGGACACGAUCGACAAGGUCCACGCAGCCGCGCCAAGAAAGAAGCCGACGGAUGCCAUCAUGCGCAAUAGGGAAGUGCAGCGGGCGUUUCUUCGGUCCCCCAUCAACCCACUCGAUCUGUACAAUUGUCUCAAAGGCGAGGGCAAUGAGCUCAACGUGCUUCCGAUUCCGAAAGCAGAUGCGCUUCUGGCUUCGAAAGACUGGUACUUCCUCAUGGGCCACAUCGCUCUCGCCAAAUUCCGCUCUGUGAAGCGCACGGGAGCCACGCCGACGGAGGAAGUCGAUAUUGCGAUUGCGUUCUUCAUGCAAGACCUGGAGUAUAGUCCCGACAAUUGGGAGACAUGGUUCCGGCUUGCCCAGGCCUACGACACUAAGAUAGAAGAAAGUGUCGUCUGGUCUGCGGAAAAGAUGAACAGCAGCAUGCCGGACAUUGGCUCAUUGCAACGAGCUGCCAUCCAUUGCUACACAAUGGCGACGGCGCUUGCGUACCGAUCUGCAGAUCCGACUCCCGAGACAGCCGAGAAGAUGACUGAGCUCUUUUGCGAGUUCGCAACGAGACUAUACGCAUCGUCUCGAGAGCCCUUCAGCAUGCUUCCUUUUGCGUUGGAGGAGAAUGAGAAGUUCUUCUCCAUUCCGGGCAAAGCGAUGACCAAAGGGAAAGCAUUCAAGCCGAUCGAUAAAUACACGGUGUGGAAGCUUGCUAAGGUGUUCUUCCAGAAGGCCCUCGCCGGCAAGCCUGACUCGUGGAUGCUGCAUUUUGCUCUGGGCAAAUGCUUGUGGAAGAUGCAUACUUCCUCUACCACUCUUGCCGGCAGUCACAACGUCAAGCCCGCUGCUCAACAGGUCCUUGCCAGCUUCAUUCGGGCGAUCGAGUUGAUACCGGACAAAAAGGACAGUCGCGAGAAAAGGGAACCAGUCCUCGAACCUCACUACAAGCUACUCAGCACCGUACACAAGAUGGUGAUGCGUGAGAGCAUCAAGCUCGAGGAGGCGAUGGAGGCUCUUCAAAACACACCGUACGCCAGGAACGCCACCUUCCCGCAGGACCUUGAUGAAUGGGUGCCGUACGUGCUCUCUGUACUCAAGAAUCUGCGAAACGCAGACAAGUCUAAUUGGCACCAUCGGAUGAUUGCCCGGGCCGCGCAAAUCAUCUAUGAUGACUCUCGGGCAGACGCAGAUGGAGCGAGCGCGCGACUUGGUGCAAUGGGAGCGAAGCAUGAACUCACGCAGCAAAUGUUCACCAAGACCAUGGUCUUACAAGUCUGGAGGCCGGAGAGCGAGAGAGCCGGAAGACACUUUGUGUACACAUCGCGCUACACCCGCUUCUUCGUCCGGAUUCUCGAACAGCUCAAGGAUCGAAGCAAUCUUGAGAUGUUGGCCCGAAGGAUUCGCCGGCGUCACAAUGACUUUUUCGAGCACUUGGUUGUGUGGCAGGACCUCUGCUACACCUAUCUCCGCUUGAUGCGCGAGUCCGCCGCACUCCCCGAGGGCCUGGAAACGUCUACGUUCAGCACCAUCGCACACGACGAGUUCUUGCUUCGCAAGGAGCCGCUGGAAAAGUGGAUGCAGGCUCAAGAGACGGGUACUUCGCCUGCCCUCGAUGUCCUACGUGAAGUGCAAGAGUUGAAAAAGAUCAAUCAGGGGUUGAUGAAGACGGGCCCGAUUGAUGAUCUCAUCGGCGAUUCGUAUGCGUACUUGUUCAACACCAUCGGGAAGCAGCUAUGGGAGGAGGAGAAGCAGCGUAUCGAGCGGGAAGAGGAAGCGAACCGCCCUCCGCCGCCGCCACCGGCACCACAGCCACCGCCCGUCAUCUCUCCACAACGCAACCCAAUGAUGGAUCUGACGAGCCUGAUGAACUUCGAUGGCUCGCAAGAACCCUCAGCGGCAGCGAACAUCACUCCCGCCGCCGGUGCCGGCACUCCACAGGCAUCAACGCCGCAACCCGCAGCAGGAGAAGCCACGGCCUCCGAAACGACCGCACCCGCUCGCCGCAAGAUCGGCGUCGGACGCCGAGAAAUCCGCACCUGCGCCGAAGCCUGCCUCCAGAAAGCCCAGCCCGCACCCUCCACCCAGUCCACUUCGCGUCCCUUACCCAGAGUCCAAGUUCUGAUCGACAACAGCAAAGAGGACUGGCGUGGUUUCAUGUCCGUCGACUCUUCCGCGCCGGGAAGCGUGUACAGUGCUGAUGACGAAAGCGAGUUGAGCUCGUUGGAAGAGCGGGAGGAGGAUGAGGAGGGGGGAGAGGAGGUGGUGGAGGGGGAGGGUGAAGAGCAAGGCCGGGAGUCUCCCGCGUCAAAGGUCGAGCCUUUGCGGCCGGUCUUCCCUGGUUUACUGGAUGCUGCUGCAUCGACGGAGGCGUCGGAGGGGUUUGAGACGGCGGAGGAAGAGCAUGUAAUUGACGCCCAUGGGGAUGUUGAGAUGGUCAUGGAUGAAGAGAAGCGGGAGGGGAAUGGGUCUGCGGAGGCGAUCGGAGGCGAAUCGGAUGUGUAGCAGGCCAGGAUGACAUGCUUCGGCAUCGCUCGUAUCUCACGAACGCAUGUCUAUGUCCCAAGCUCGCGUUGUUGUCUAUUUCUUUGACCCCAAAGUGCAAAUUCAAUUGCGCGUUCACCAACAUUCCCACUUUUGCCCUCCCUAGUUGCGGGUUAGCCUGGACUUGCGUUUAUUAGAUGACACGUUGACAAACUCACCAUAGCGAUCAGACGAUUGAAC